AUGGUGUCUACAGCUCAAGUCUCCAAGCUCUUCACGCCCCUAACGCUCGGUGGCAAGCUGAACCAAUUAACGCUGCAGCAUCGCGUGGUGAUGGCUCCGUUGACGCGUCUUAAGCACGGCGAGGAAGGAGUCCCGCCCGAGAUCACGGCCACGUACUACGGCCAACGCACCACCAAGGGCGGUCUCAUCAUCGCUGAGGCCACCAACAUUUCGCCCACAGCUCGUGGCUACGUCGGAUCCCCUGGAAUCUUUAACCAGGAGCAAGUCGAGGGCUGGAAGCGCGUGACCGACACGGUCAAGGGCAAGGGAGGACACAUGUUCCUGCAGUUGUGGCACACUGGUCGUAUGAGUCACCCACUGAGCCAACCCAAUGGAGAGUUGCCUGUGUCUUCCAGCUCCAACGUGGACGUCUCCGGCACUCACAUUUACACCCGUGAAGGCCCCAAGCCGCACGUGCAACCUCGUGCUCUUGAGACCGACGAGAUCCCACUUAUUGUCCAGGACUACAAGAAGGCAACCCAGAACGCUCUAGCUGCUGGCUUUGACGGCGUCGAAUUCCACUGCGCCAACGCUUAUCUGCAGGAACAGUUCCUGCAGGACGGUAUCAAUGACCGGACGGACAAGUACGGCGGAUCUAUGGAGAGCCGUGCGCGCUUUCUCUUCGAGUCUUUGGAUGCGAUUCUAGAGGUCGUGGACUCUAGUCGGGUGGGUAUCCGUCUUUCGCCCUACGGUAUGAGCUUCGGUCAGUCCGAGUCAGACCCUAUUGGCAUGUACGGCUACGUGAUUAAGAAGCUGAACGAAUAUCACCUGGCGUACGUGCACCUCAUCGAGCCUCGUGCGUUCGAGCUCCACGAGAACCCGAAGGCCCCGACCGAUGGAUCCAUGACUCGUACUUUCCGUGAAAUUUACGACGGUGUGUUGAUGUCAGCUUCUGGCUACAACCGCAAGUUGGCUAUCGAGGCUGUGGAGAGCGGCGAUGCUGACCUGGUGGCUAUCGGUCGCUACUUCAUCUCGAACCCAGACCUUGUGAAGCGUCUGGAGAUUGAUGCACCGCUAAACCCUUACGACUCCAAGACGUUCUACGCCCCGGGCGAGCUAGGAUACACGGAUCAGCCUUUCCUGGAGGAGGAUGAGGCGGCUACGUCGUCUUAGUCUAAGACUUGGAUAGAUCAACAUGUACUAGCAUACAUGAGUACCGGUACUGUAGAGUUGGUUGUAGACCUAACAUUCAGCCCCAUUAUGAAUGUACUUAAGUACACGAAAGGAUUCGCAACAA